CUCUGAUUCCGGAUCCGGAUCUGGAUCCGAUAAGGAUCGGAAGGAUUCUAAUAAGAAGAAGAAGAAGGAGGCGAAGAAGAAUGUGAAGCUGCCACCGAAUCCGGUAGUGAGGCAGCGUAUCUCGUCGAUGUUUACUUCUUCCGUGUUUAAGAAGAAUGAGAAGUCGAUAAAGGCGGGAUCUGUGGCCGCGGAGAGUAUAAUCGAUGAUGUUCUUGCUGAGUUUGCGCCUGAUGAGAAUGAUAGGGAGGAGAGAAGGCGAAGGAGUGCAAAAAAUUUACCAGAAAAUGGGCAAAGGUUGCAGAUCAAGAAUGAUGUUAGAGCUCCAGAGAUAGUCUUAAGUAGAAGUUCAGACGAAAAUUUUCAAGAAAAUGGUAUUUUGAGUAACGAGAAUGAUCAGGAUUCAGUGCCUAUGGAAGUGACAGAGGAACCAAAGAACAAUGAGAAUGUAGAGGCUGAGAAAUGCGAUUCAGUUCAAUUGAAAAUGGAGAUGAGAGUGGAAGACGGUAAGAAGGAAUUUUGCCUUAAUGCAAAGAUCAAGGUCGAUAAGAAUGAGAAUGUGUUGAGUGCCACUGAAGGAUGGAAAGCAGCCUGUGAAAAUAAUGGGAACACUGGCGGUGAAAGUGCUGCUAAUGAGUCGGCAACAAACUUAAAUGCUGAUGAAAGUUCAGAUUUUGAGCUGAAUGCUGAUGGGUCUCUUUCGUUUUACAUUAUUGAUGCAUAUGAGGAGUCCUUUGGGGGUAAUUUGGGCACACUUUAUCUCUUUGGAAAGGUCAAAUCAGGCGGUGCACAUCACAGCUGUUGUGUGAUUGUAAAGAAUAUGCAAAGAUGCAUUUAUGCCAUACCAGACAGUUCAGUCUUUCCAAGCAACAAAUUAGCGGAGGUGGAGAUGAAAGUCAAAGAAUCUCAGGAUCCUGCAACUGCUUCCCGGACAACUCUGCAGGAGAUGGCUUCAGGACUAAAGAACGAAAUAGCUGAAAGAUUGUUGAAGCUCAAUGUUUCAGCUUUUGCAAUGAUGCCUGUAAAGCGGAGUUAUGCAUUUGAGCGAACUGAUAUUCCUACAGGGGAGAAUUAUGUCCUUAAGAUCAACUACCCAUUUAAGGAUCCACCUCUUUCAGCUGAUCUUAAGGGAGAACACUUCAUUGCACUACUGGGAACACAUAGCAGUGCUUUGGAGUUGUUUCUAGUUAAAAGGAAGAUCAAGGGACCAUCUUGGCUCUCAAUAUCAAGAUUUGUCAGCUGUCCUGCUUCUCAACGGGUCAGCUGGUGCAAAUUUGAGGUGGUUGUUGACUGUCCUAAAGAUAUAUCAGUUUCUGCUGCAAAUAAUCAGCUAGAAAUUCCUCAACUGAUUGUUGCAGCAAUAAAUUUGAAAACAAUCAUUAGUAUGAAGCAUAAUGCAAGUGAGAUAGUUGCAGCUUCUGUUGUUUGUUGUCGCAAGGCAAAGAUUGACGGGCCUAUGGUGGCAUCAGAAUGGAAGAGAAGGGGAGCACUUAGCCAUUUCACUGUUGUGCGCAAACUUGAUGGAGGCAUAUUUCCUAUGGGUCUUUCAAAAGUGGUUACUGAAAGAAACUUGAAAGCUGGCUCAAACAUUUUGACGCUGGAAAGCAGUGAGAGAGCUUUGUUAAACCGUUUGAUGAUUGAACUGCAUAAAUUGGAUUGUGAUGUUAUUGUCGGACAUAAUAUCUCUGGGUUUGAUCUUGAUGUUCUUCUCCACCGUGCUCAGGCUUGCAGAGUUCCAAGCAGCAUGUGGUCCAAGAUUGGUCGUCUCAAGCGCUCAAUGAUGCCUAAGCUCACCCGAGGAAGUUCCCUUUAUGGAUCUGGAGCUAGUCUAGGAAUUAUGUCUUGCAUUGCAGGUCGACUUUUAUGUGAUACCUAUUUGUGCUCUCGCGAUCUUCUGAGGGAGGUUAGCUAUUCUUUGACACAACUUGCAAAGUCACAGCUGGAUAAGGACAGGAAGGAGAUUGUGCCACAUGAUAUCCCUGUCAUGUUCCAAACGUCAGAAACACUUCUCCAAUUGGUUGAGUAUGGUGAGACUGAUGCUUGGCUGUCUCUGGAGCUGAUGUUUCAUUUAAGUAUUCUUCCACUCACCUGGCAGCUAACAAGAAUAUGCGGAAACCUUUGGGGGAAAACUCUUCAGGGUGCUAGAGCACAGAGGGUGGAGUACCUUUUGUUGCAUUCAUUUCACGAGAAGAAGUACAUGGUCCCCGAUAAGAUCACUGCACAGAGGAAGGAGUCAAAUACAACAAAGAGAAAACCCACUGCAACUGUUGAAGGUGAGGAUGCUGAGGACAUCAAUGCCAAUGAUAUCUCUCCUGAGAAUGAUGGGCAGCAUGUCGAUCGUGGAAAAGGAAGAAAAGGUCCUGCCUACUCUGGUGGCUUGGUGUUAGAACCUAAGAAGGGUCUAUAUGACAAAUAUAUUUUACUUCUUGACUUCAAUAGUCUUUACCCUUCAAUUAUUCAGGAGUACAAUAUCUGCUUUACCACAGUAGAUCGAUCUAUGGAUGACCAUACUCCUAGUUUACCAUCAUCUAAAGCUGUUGGAGUUUUACCUAUGUUGUUGAAGCAUCUGGUUGAUAGAAGGAGAAUGGUCAAGUCAUGGAUGAAGUCUGCUACUGGUCUCAAAGUCCAGCAGUUUGACAUCCAACAGCAAGCAUUGAAGCUAACUGCUAAUAGCAUGUAUGGUUGUUUGGGCUUUUCCAAUUCCAGAUUCUAUGCUAAACCACUUGCGGAGCUCAUAACACUGCAAGGACGGGAAAUUCUGCAAAGUACUGUUGAUCUUGUUCAAAACAACUUGAAUUUAGAGGUAAUAUACGGAGACACAGAUUCUAUUAUGAUCUACAGUGGACUGGAUGACAUCGCUAAAGCCAAAGCAAUUGCUACUAAGGUGAUUCAAGAGGUUAACAAGAAAUAUCAUUGUCUUGAAAUUGAUCUUGAUGGUGUGUACAAGAGAAUGCUACUCCUCAAGAAAAAGAAAUAUGCUGCUGUUAAAGUGCAAUUUAAAGAUGGCACACCAUAUGAGGUAAUUGAACGCAAGGGACUUGACAUGGUUCGGCGGGACUGGAGUUUGCUAUCAAAAGAAAUAGGAGAUUUCUGCCUUAGCCAGAUAUUAUCAGGAGGGACAUGUGAAGAUGUAGUGGAGACUAUUCAUAGUGCUCUUAUGAAGGUGAAGGAGGAGAUGACGAAUGGUGAAGUAGCACUUGAAAAGUAUGUGAUAACAAAAAGCUUAACAAAGCCUCCUGAAGACUAUCCAGAUGCCAAAAAUCAACCCCAUGUUCAGGUGGCUUUAAGAUUAAAGCAAAGUGGCCAGACAGGUUGUUCUGCUGGCGAUACAGUUCCUUAUGUCGUUUGCUGUCAGCAGGGGACUGGUUCUGGUUCUGUCGGGAUAGCUCAAAGGGCGAGGCAUCCUGAUGAAUUGAAGAGGGAUAAUGACAAUUGGAUGAUCGAUAUUGACUAUUACUUGUCCCAACAGAUUCACCCUGUGGUAUCACGUCUUUGUGCUGCCAUUCAAGGCACAAGCCCAGCUCGGUUGGCUCAUUGUCUAGGUCUUGAUUCAUCCAAGUUCCAAUCCAAAACAUUUGAUUCAGAUCGCAAAGAUUCAACAACUGUACUUUUAUCGGUCAUUGAUGAUAAUGAAAGGUAUAAUGGCUGUGAACCACUGUGGCUAUCAUGUCCUAGCUGCUCGUGUACUUUUGAGUGCCCACCUGUAUCCAGUUUAGUUUCUACAUUAAUCAAUGAAAACCCAUCAGAUUCUGGAUCUGAAAAGAAAUCAGACAGUAAUUUUUGGCGAAGAAUGCGAUGCUUGAGAUGCCCAGAUGAUGUUGAAGGAUCUCAAAUCUCAGCAGCCAUGAUUGCUAAUCAGGUGAAGAGACAAGCUGAGAAUUUCAUCUCCUUGUAUUAUAAAGGCAUAAUGACUUGCGAUGAUGAGAUGUGUGAGUACACUACUCGUGUUCCAAAUCUUCGUGUUAUUGGUGAUUCUGAAAGAGGAACCGUAUGUCCAAAUUAUCCACGGUGUAAUGGCCACCUCAUAAGACAGUACACCGAAGCUGAUUUAUACAGACAACUUUCAUAUUUUUGCUUUGUAAUGGACGUGGCGCGUUGCAUCGAGAAGGUAGACCAGAAAUCUAAAAUACUGAUUGAAAGAGAGCUAGCAGCAAUCCAAUCAGCUGUUGAGUUAGCAGCUAGUGAGAUACAAAAGAUUCGAGGGCGGUGUGCCUAUGGUUGGGUAAAGCUCAGUGACCUUGUGGUCUCAGUUUGAAUUGAUAAUGCUGUCAAACAGUACCCCGGACUUCUCAUUUCCUUAGGAACCCUUGACAUCAAAUGAAGCAACCGCGAAUGAACUACCAGACUUCAUACAACAAAUGAAGCUAACUGACCCAGCCAAAGACUUAAACGAUUCUUUUGAUAGCGGGAGUAAUUUAAACAGUUAGAAGUGAGGAAAAAUGCCACUGCUUUUCCUCCCGAUGCAUAUGUUUAUAUAUCGUAGAUCUACAGGAGUAGGGGACAGGGAACCGUUUUUUUACCAUUGUUUUAAAUAGCUUCGAGUAUCAAGCUGUCCUCUAUGGUCUCUUGUUGAUGUUUCUGGUUCUGGAAUGUGUAUUCAUACUUGAUUAAAUGAAUGCAUAAUCCAAAUCAUUCUGGUCUUUGAAACAAAUGCUGUUGCUUUCCAAUAUCUGUGCAUGGAAUCCUAACUUGUAAUAUACAUGUUUUUUGCCGUUAUAUCAAAUUGAAAUUCUGCAUGUAGAAAA